UCGGCGGAGCCGAAUCCCAAGGCUCCGAAGACGGACGCCGCGGAAAACAAGAAGAGAUUCGUCGAGGUUUUCCCCACCGUCGUCGAGGAACUUCUUGAGACUCUCAGAGUUGAGUCCUUGCCUGAUGAAGUCGUCGCUUGAACUUGAUGUACAAUCUCCCUGGAGGGAAAUUAAACCGUGGAAUUUCCGUCGUUGACACUGUUGAGAUACUACGUGAAAGCAAACUCGAAGGGGAAGAGUACAAACGAGUAGCCAUUCUGGGAUGGGGAGUCGAACUCCUGCAAGCAUACUUUUUAGUCGCGGAUGAUAUCAUGGACGCGUCAAUCACCCGCCGGGGACAAUCAUGCUGGUACCGCGUUGAAGGCGUUGGCAAUAUCGCGAUCAAUGACUCGUUUAUGCUCGAGGGUGCUGUGUAUCAACUUCUAAAGAAACACUUCCGCAAGGAGCCAUACUAUGUUGACUUGAUUGAGUUGUUUUUUGAUACGACGUACAAAACCGAGAUGGGACAACUUAUUGAUCUGAUUACUGCUCCUGAGCAUGAUGUCAACCUUGACCGAUUCUCGUUGAAGCGGCACAGUCAAACCGUGAUUUACAAGACGGCAUGGUAUUCAUUCUACUUGCCCGUCGCUCUGGCGAUGCGCUACCAUGGGAUCACCUCAGAGGAUCAAUACAAAUUGGCUGAGAACAUCCUCAUCCCCCUCGGGGAAUAUUUCCAGAUUCAAGAUGACUAUCUGGACUGCUUUGCACCCCCGGAGAAGCUUGGGAAGAUUGGGACCGACAUCCUUGACAACAAGAACUCUUGGGUCAUCAACAUCGCUCUGCAGAGCGUAGCUCCAGAGCAGCGGAAGAUUCUCGAUGACAAUUAUGGGAGGAAAGAUUCGGAAUGCGAGAAGCGCGUCAAGGAAGUCUUCAGGGCCGUUGAUGUUGAGGGGAAAUACAGAGCGUAUGAACAACAAGCGUACCAAAAGAUAGUUGGCCUGGUGAACGAGAUACAGGAGGAGCGUGGGGGACUCAAGCGGGAUGUAUUCUUGGCUUUCCUCAAGAAAAUUUUUGGCAGGACCAUGUAACACGUAUACUAGAUCUAUGAUACACACGAAGGAGUACGAUAGGACAAUGGGAGUUAUUAAAGUAGACAUCCAGAUAUCAUUUCUUCAUUUGACUUUUCCUCCCCUCUU